AUGUCUGGGGACGGUGCCCUCCACACUCCAUACUCCGCACCCCUCGGCCCCCGGACCCAUGAACAUUUACAAUACUCGGGGCCCAAGCCCGAACCCGAGACAUUCGAUUCGGCCCCAAAGCACCCCGCAACGCAGACGGCCGAGUCUUCCUUAAAGUUCGUAUAUCCCCGAAUCGGCUGCGCACUAAUGCAGUUGAUUCGCCGAGAUCGGGAAAUUCUCGGAGAGCUAUCGGAUAGCCCGUCCAAUCCGCGACACGGUACGGAGAACAAGUAA